AUGAAGACCAUUCUCUUCAUCGGUGCCACCGGCGCGCAGGGCGGUGCCGCCGUGAAGUAUCUAGCUGCCACCGGGGAAUACCGGAUCCUGGCCCUCACCAGGAACAAAACCUCAUCCCACGCCCAAGACCUGGCUGCAACCGCCAACGUCGAGGUUCUAGUCAGCGAGGCUGCCAGUGGAUAUGGCACCGAGGCCUUCCUAUCUGCCGCGUCUCGAUCCGACUACGUCUUUGUCAACACAGACGGGUUCACGCUUGGGGAGCAGGCCGAGACAUUCUGGGGUAUUCGACUGUUUGAACUGGCCGUCCGAGCCGGCGUCAAGCACUUUAUCUACAGCGGCCUCGACUACGCCAGCAAGGCAGCGGGUUAUGAUCCCAAGUUCUACGUUGGCCAUUACGAGGGGAAGGCCAGAGUUGAAGAGUGGAUUCAUGCCCAACAGGACUCAUCCAUGGCAUGGACCAUCAUCAGAUCUGGGCCGUACAUGGAACUUCUGUCCGCCCUGAUGGCCCCGGCCCAAGGUACCGACGGAACCGCACUCUUUGCACUCCCCCUGGGUGAUGGGGCCAUUCCCUUCAUCCAUCUAGGCGACUUUGGAAAGUACGUGCACUGGUCGCUUUCUCAUCCCGACCAGUCCAACCACCGGGACUUUGGCAUCGCCACCGCCCAUGUGUCGGGCAACGAGAUCGAAGCCGCCUUCUCUGCGUACACGGGGAAACCGGCCAAAUACGUCGACCUCGACAUCAACCAUUGGAACGUCGAAGCUUGGAAGCACCUGCCCAAAGGCAAAGACACCAAGAUCGGGUACCAGAACGUCAAGGACGACAAUGCAUUGCUGAUGACGUACGGAGAGAAUUUCACGAAUUGGUGGAACUUGUACAAGGCCAGCAAAGACAAUAAAGGCCUCAUCCAAAGAGACUACGAUUUCUUGGACCAAAUCGUGCCAGACAGGGUGAAAAGCCUGGCAGAGUGGAUGGAGAAGGUGAAAUAUACGGGCGAGAAGGGCAGCUUGCUGAGACUCCAUGACCCCUUCAAGAACUGA